GCGGUGGCAGCGGGCGGGGCGGCGGGGCCGGGCCGGCGCCUCUGCCGACCCCGCUGGGCUCUCGGGACGAGGCGGAAAGAGAAAUUUUCCGUUGCGGACGAAGCUUUCGCUUUCCUGUGGGAAGAAUGGAGCAGCCGCGGUUCCCGAGCGGCCGGGCCGGGAUGUGAGGGAGGCGGCGGCGCGGCCGUGACGCGGCGCGGGGCGGGGCGGGCGCGGUCGGUCCGGCCAUGCCGAAGCGCUCCUGCCCCUUCGGGGACGCGGCCCCGCUCCAGCUGAAGACCCGUGUGGGGCUGCGGGAGCUGAGCCGCGGCGUGCGGGGCGAGGAGUACCGGCGGGAGGUCUUCGAGAGGACCCGGCGGCUGCUCUUCAGGGGUGCCCAGGCGUACAUGGAGGGCGCGGCGGCCGCCGCCCGUCCGGCGGAGCCGGGGCCGGCCGGGAAGGCGCUGGGCGAGGGGCCCCGCUGGAGCGGGCAGCUCCUCAUCGGCCACGACGGGAAACUGCGGCGGCGGCCCGCGGACAGGGUUCCGCCGCUGGGAGCAUCCAGAGCCUGCUCGUCGUGUGUGAGAGCGGCCGAUGUGAAGGACGCGUGUGCUCAGUGUGACCGCUUCGUCUGCCAGAACUGCAGCAGGCUCUGCAGCUGCUGUAACACGGUUACCUGCUCUUUGUGCUCCACUGUUGAUUGUGAUAUGCCUGUCUGGAAGGGACCAUUCUGUGCUCUUACCUGUUCUUCCUGAUGUGACACAGAAUUCAGAAUAUUCUCUCCUCGCAUUGGUCAUGUUAGGACACUUUUGUGGGAUCAGAAUAUAAAUCAAAAGGUUUGUCCUUCUGUGCUUUCAGGUGAGUGUGAAUCCAUUCUGGACACACAACAUUUUCUUUGUGAGCUAACUAGGAAAAUCAGCCAGGCCUGAAGGCUUUUCCAAAUAAGAGAAUUUGCUGAUUCUGGUUAAUUUUUUUUUUUUUUAAACUAUCACAAACAUCUUGUGCUUACUGACAGCUUGAAUGGUUUUAAUCUGUCUAUGGUAACUUUGACAGAAAGAGCAAUAGCACACCAAGCUUGGAGCAGAAGAGUUGUUCUCAUUAGUAAAUUUUCCAGUACCUUCACUGAAAGGUCUUUCUUGGAAAGCAAUUUAUCUGUAUGAGUUGAUCACCUACACUGUAAACUUCAUAUUGUCCUGAAUAUCCACUCAGAAACAGCUCAUGAAGUGGUCUGAAAAAUGGUCAGCACUCUGGGGUACCUCUCCAUAAACCAGCUCAUUCCCCAUUUUCUUUUCAAAUCACUGCAGAAGCUUAGUAUUGCUGUAAGAGUGAAGUAAAGUACUACUGGACAGCCCCUCAAAGUAGUUUUCUUGUACUGGUUUUGCUGUGUUUCAUAAAAAAAAGACUUUUCAUCUGGCAAACCAUCUAUGCCUAGAAGAAAACUACAGUGGUCUUUACCUCAGUAAAAUGCUGAUUUGAAUGGCUGAUUUCAGACUGUAGGAUAAAAGGAAUAGAUUCGACACACACAAGAAAAGAAAUCGUUGUGGCACAGCUAAUGGUCUAUUUUUCAAAUUCUUUGCCCUGAAUUCCUGAAGCAAAACCUGCCACUCAUGCUUCUCAGUCUUCUCAACUGUAAUUAGUAUGUUUUGGGUGGAGUAACCUUGUUUUACCUGUUUCCCUCCACUUCAGCCAUUUCUGUUUGAAGAGGUAGAAAGGCCAUUGUAGUGCAAUUUGAGAGCCUGACUUUUCCCUCAUGGGGACACCUUUAUUUGACAUUCUCUUGAAGGCAUUCUGGGUCUUUGCCCAUCAGAAUACUGCAGCUACCCAAAGUGAAUGGUAAAUUCUUUAGCAAACCUUCUUUAGAGGGUUACUGUUGUUGGAGAGCAGCUCUUCACAGCUGCAUUGGCAUGACUUUGGUUGUAUCAGCCACAGUGAGGUGCAGGAUGACUUCCUCUCUUGCCUGUGUACCACUUUCUGUAACUACACAGACACACUUUAAAAGCAUUUGUGCCCUUUAGGGUUUCCUGAGGAGUGUCACUUCACUCUCAGCCAUCUGUGCCAGCUUAGACUGACCAUCUGUGCCAGCCUAGACAUGCUGAUGGAUUGGUUAGUUUUCCUGUUCUGCAUAUUUUGGAGCCAAUUAAAAUGGGAGAUUUUACUAGUUCUUACUCCAGUCUUCUUUUUGAGUAACUGUGAAAUGUGUCUUAUCUUCAUUCCCCUAACAAACAAACAAAAAAAUCUCAAGUCAGGUGACUUAGUAGUGAAAGAGUUAGUUGGAAUGUGCAGGAAUUCCACAUCAUUAUCUAUCUUUUCAAAGCUCUAAUAGAUGAAAUUAGGAUGGUGGCAGUUCUCUGGUGUGCAAUUCCCAGCUGGUACCACAGGGCAGAUAAAAAUGUUGCUCCUGUGGCAGUCAUUGUAAAUCACAAAGCUGAGUUUUAUGGAUAGGAGGAACCUAUGGUUUACUACAUUUAGAUGUUAGUUUUAGGAAAGAGUUUUAAAACUUGGCUUUGUUUCAUUUGAAGCUUUAAGCAGUGAACUAAAGCAUUUUUCUGUUAAGCAUAUUUUUCAAAAUGAAACCUUUAAGUAUGUGUCUGCUUUUUCUUACUCUCUCUCCUGAGGAUGAGAGACUGAAAAUAAUGUUUUGCUUCUAGGCUCUGGGAGAGAUGAGACGUGUUGUUUACAAAUGAUUUGUGUUUCAAACUAGUGAUAGAAAUGUUUUUUUGGCUCAUUUAGUCACUGCUGUAUUUCAUAGAAAGCUGUCCUCUGUAAACAAUGACAUGGAUUUCAUGGCUUAAUGUUCUUAUUUGUUAUCCUGUAGCUGCUUGAAAGCUGGUUGUGCAUUGGGAUAGAUACUUAAUGCAGCAUGGAGAGCUGGGAGAGGAAAAGCAGGAGAGCUGGAAGAAGGGAGGAGAAGGGCAGGAGGAGCACAGAACAGCAUGGCCAACUCUUGCAUAGGGGUGGUGCUUCAUACAUGUAAGAAACGGAGUUUAGUGGUUACCACAUCUGCUUCUCUGGCUUUAGAAGGUGAGAAAACUGCCUGUAUCUACCAAAAGACUCAAAACAUUAUUUAGGAAAGUUCUUUUUCUAGCCCUGCAGUUCUCAGAUAAACAGUGUGAGGUAAGACUGGAGAAUGUUUGUAAAUCUUUAUAACGUCUACAGAAGAAAAGAACCUGUGUGAAGGGAAAAAUCUUUGGGUGAGAGGUACAAAGAUUUUUCUCUUUGCCUAAUUAACCCCUCCUCCCAAGAGCUUGUCUGUUGCCACUUAUUGUUGAGCUGUAAUAGAGUUACAAUGCAACACGUAGGGUACCCCUAGGACUGUAAAGAAACACCAGAGAAAUUGUCUGGUUUAUCAACUGAGCAGGAAAUUGGGUCUAAUACUGUGCUUUUUUAUUGUUAUCAUAUGUUCUUCCCCUCCUACUCAGUGCAAAGUGUCAAAAGUCUAAGUUUGCCUGCUGUUCCAAGGGAAGGCAAUCCCCUGAGGAGCCAGUGUAUUGAUGGGUAAAAAUAUCCUGCAGUAAUGAUUUUACAGAUGGAUGAGAAACUUCUGAGGCCUGUAUAUCAUUACUGGUGACACAUGUCUCAAAGAGCAGACCUUUAUGUCUAAAAGGAAGUCAGCUGAUCUGAUCAGGAUAAAACAAUUUCUUUUAAGACUAAUAACUGAGUAAAUUCUAGAAAUGUGUGGUUUCAUAGACACCAGAUAUUUAAGGACAGUCUAAGGUGGUAAAUGACUGCAGUAGCUUCCAGUGUCUCCAGACUGUAUUAGAACAAACCCACAGCAUUGUAAAAAAGCUCACUGAAAACAACAAAUACACUUGGGUUGUCUCCUUGAAUAGCAUUUCUCCUGUGCACAUAGUAAUUCCCAAAUAUUUUGCAGUUCAGUUUGGAAGUCUGCUUCUUUCCAAGAGAAAAGUGAGCCAUCCUACAGGUGAUCCAGACAACAUGAAAAUUAAAAAUAAAUAAAUGUUAGCUCUUCAUUCUGUGAUUGAUGUGUCUUUUGUUUAAGACAGCCAGCACCUCAGCCUCUUCCCCUCCUUUUUGUUUUAGUGUCCUGCAUACAUGGGCCCUGACUUGUAGCCAGUUCAUAGGCUUUUUUGGGUAUUCCUUUCUGAACAGGUGUAAGUAGAUGCAGUAGUAUUUUAUCUCAGGACAGGGUAUAAACCCCAGAUAAUGCUGGUGACAGUGAAAGAUAACGUCCUUUUUUUCCUUACAAAUAUGGAUAAGACAUUUAUGCUUUGCUUCUGUGCUGUAUUUGCUGCCAUCAGCUGUGGCACUCAGAACUGGCAGAAAUAUGCAAAGGGGUUGAAUCUUUUCAAUCUUACCUUGAAGAAGUGCAGCCAACAAGUAGAAAUGGAAACAGUGUCUUUGUCACCAGGUUUGUUGGGCUUGUUUUCUUUUGAAAACACUCUGGUCUCUGGCUGGAUUGGUUAGACAACAGCAAAUGCCAGCACCAUGCAAGGAAUAAAUACUUCCCUCUUUCACCAUGCUUCCUACUAGUCAUUGCAUGAUGGUUUUGUGUUUUGACAGGAUCAAACUGGAUUAAAAAAUUGAAUCCCAGAAAAUCUUGCCUGUCAUUAAGUUCCCAGGUGUGGAGUAUGUGUACAAACUUGCAUCUGCUGCUGCACUGUAACUUUUGGUUAGGUGUGAUACUGUUUCAUCAUGGCAAAUUCUGCAACUAAAAGCUCUUUGUGCUGCCUUUACUGCCCAUCUGGAUUCCAGGAGUGCUGACUACCUGGCCAUGAAGCCCUCUGUGCUUGGAGAAGCUCCAGCUGGGAUAAAGUGUGACAGUAUCUCCACAGCUUGGUCUGUGUCUGUCCUCUGCUCCUUGCAGUGCUUUACAGUCCUUUGUCAGACUGAUCUUGGAUCCCAGGCUACUGCAGGAACAUGUGGGGUUGUCCAAGCAGAGGGAGGAAAACCUCAGCCCACCCAACAGCAGCACUCAGACACGUGCAGAACAAAACUGCCAGGGCAGCACAGGGACUCCAGAGCCCAACCUUGCAGCACAACCUCGGAUCUGGCAGCUUGGAAAUGGAGAGGGAUGUGGGGGCUCUUCCCAGGGAGCAUCCUUCUCCCAGCAGGCUUUUAAAUGAGGACAGGUAAGGCUGAGAAACAGCCUUACAGGGUACACCUGUACCCCUGUGUUCAGGUACCUGGUGCUCUUUCCUCCACUCUCUUUAGGGCUUUUCACUUUUUAGAAAGAGAAGGCAGCAAAGCUUUGAACAUUGUUUUUAAUGAGGCAAAUUGGUUAACCUAUUAAAAGUAGCCAAGAGGCCUCAGAAAAUGUUAAGGAUUCUUUAAGAAAUAAGUAGGAUAUAUGUAAUUUAAAGACAAAUACUUCUUGUGGGUAGAAAGUUUCUUAUUUAAAUUAUUUUUUACUUUAGAUUAUUAAAAUUGCAAUAGGGUGAAAGUGAUCACACAAUCUGUUGUAUAUUUUAAUGACUAAUACACAUGCACACAAAUAUAAUCUUUCUUUAUAUAGACAUUUUAUAAUGAAAGAUAAUUGAAAUACCAUACCUUUUACAGUUGAUUGCAUUUUGAACUGCUACAAUUGUAAUACAAGCGUUAACAUUUGCUGGUGGUGUGUAUUCUGUGCUUUUGUUAUUUUGUUUUCUUCCUCUGGGAAAGAGCACAGCUGGAAUCAAAUUAUUAUGUCUUACACUUUUAAUAAAAGUUUUUAGUUCUCAUGGUUGUGAUUUGCAUUAAAACUGUGUGAUAGAUAUUAAGUUACUUAUCUCUUGCAGAGCUUAUUAUUGCUUGAACAUUUUGUGGUUAUAAGAUUUACUUUAAAUUUUAGGAUUUAUUUAAUUGUAUUUUCUUACAUUGUUGUGCUCAAGUGUAAUAUUUUAAAUCAUGAUCCCCUUCUCACUCAAUUGUUCUGUAAGAUGCAGAUGUUUUUCUGUUUCUUCUUUCCCUGACAAAGACCCAGAUUUUGAGGGCAGGUGUCCCCUUGCUAACCUGCACAGCCGUGUCAGAACCCCCGUGGUGUCACCAGGUACUGUCCUGAUCUGUUCUGUACGAUUUUACUUCAACUUGCACUGAAUUCCAGCAGCUGCCAGCGGCUCCUUGUGCAGAAGUGCUCUUUAAUCUGAUUAGAGGUUUUAGAUAAAACAUAAUCCCUCCUCCAGCCUUCGCUGCAGAAGUUUCGUCUUCAAGCCACAGGGUGGCAGCGCGAUGUUGUGUUUACAUCUAUUGUUACCCAAAUUCUUGUUUUUUAUCUCAAGUCCUCACUGCUCAAUUGAUGCUGUAAUAAUUCGACUGCUGAUUUGGGAAGGAAGUGUGUUUUAAAAUAUUCCUUUCAUAAAUCUGUACGUAAAAUGUUCCCAAAACAGAUUUUUUUUUUUUUAAUCCCAGAUAUUUUGUACCAUUCAUAAAAUAUGGCCUGAAAUUCAGAACAGACCAUUUUGCUGCCUGCAAA